AUGAGUGAAGAUAAUCCUUCUCGGAAGAAGCGUUUGGGAUUGCUGAGGCGAAGUCAUUCAAGCCCUCGUUUGGCAGAGGAGAGAGGCCGCAGAGCAGCCAGUGAUUCGUCUUCUCUCCAGCCUUCAAGGGAUGAAUCUCGCGGAGGAUUAUCGAGAAUUCUUCCCAAGUCAGCUCGAAGCGCUCGACAGUCUGCCAACCCUGAACCCACAGUCGCAGGUUCCAGCAAUAUUAAGACAACCCAGCAUUCUUCACCACUCGUCGCUUCCAAACUGAAUCCUGACCAGUCCGCCAGUUCAGGCAUCGCUGAGGCGGAAUUACCACCUGACACGAUGCUUGUGGCAGAAACGCUCGCAGAUGCCCAAACAGGUGUUGCAGGCAUCAGCUCUAUCGGAGGAAUUGUUCAAAAUACCGCUUCAGCAAUCGGCGACCUACAGUCCAAUUCCGAUACGAUCAACCAGUUCUCCGCGAUUCUUAGUUGCAAAUGUGCUCCCGCUUAUUUAUACUUACUCCAUCCCUAUGCAAAGGUGGCAUUGGGUAUCUUGACUCAAGCAUCUAAGAUCAUUCUCGAUCAGGCAAACCUGGAUGUUGCCAUAUCCGAUCUGCUCUCUAAAGUCUCCGAUGUCUAUGUCUUAGUGAUAGAAAAGAAGACACUGGCCAACAUUUCGUCCAUGAUUAAGAUAUACACAAAGAUAGCGCAGCAGACAUUGAAGGAAACGACUUGGCAAGAACAUUUUUAG